GCUCCGGAUUAACUAUCUUCCCCCUAACGACAUUUUGAUCUCGUCGCGUGUGUCACGGUCACGUUAGGGAGGUGGGUAUGUAGGUACCUUCUGUCGCCAACUACUAAAGAUCCAACCGACAAGUGCCUCCAACGGUUAGUUGGUUGAGGAAGGCCUCCUCGAUAAGCCAUGCGACCUGUAUCCCUCCCAAGGGUGCCCAGGCCAAUUCGCAAAUUCGUCCUCCAUCCCAAAAGCCUCUGGCGAGCCUUCUCGCAGCUUGCUCCCACACCUGUUGCGGCGCUACUAGAAUGGAAGCCAGGCACCGAAGUUGGCGAUGUGGUCGUCAACGGAUUCAUUCGAUCUGUGCGACACAUGAAGUCUCAGAGUUUCGUGUCGCUGGGUGACGGCUCCUCACUGGCUCCUCUGCAAGCUCUCGUCCCUACAGAUCGGUCCGAAGGCUUGACUGUUGGUGCUGCAGUUCGCUUGAAGGGGUCUUGGGUCUCCUCCCCGGGAGCUGGACAGAGCCAUGAACUGCAUGCCAACGAGGUCGACAUCCUGGGGCCUUCUGACGCAAAGAGUUUCCCCAUCCAGAAGAAGUACCAGACCCCUGAAUACCUCCGCACUCUGCCUCACUUGCGGCCGAGAACGCCAUAUAACUCGGUACUGUUGAGGCUACGCUCAGCCGCCAUCGCCUCUCUGACACAGUUUUUCGCCCAACGUCUCUUCACGCAAACACAUCCACCCAUAAUCACGUCGUCCGACUGCGAGGGGGCAGGCGAGGUGUUCACGGUGUCCUCGGCAAACCAGACUGCUUCCCCAAGCGAUGAUGAGGCAAGUGGCUCAUUUUUCCGCUCGCCCAAGUAUCUGACAGUCUCAACCCAACUUCAUCUCGAGGCUCUGGCUCAGUCAGUCGGCAAUGUGUGGACCCUCUCUCCCACGUUUCGCGCAGAGAAGAGCGACACGUCGAGGCAUCUAAGCGAGUUCUACAUGCUGGAAGCCGAGAUGAGCUUUGUGGACGAUCUCAGUGUCAUUAUGGAUUUGGCAGAAGAUAUGUUGCGAUCUUUAAGCACAAAUCUCUACGAAACCAAGCUGGCCCAGGAGGUCCUCUCCCGGUCCGGCCAAGCCGGCUCGGACCUUGAACCUGCUGACAGGGUCAGGCAGCGCUGGGAGGGCAUAAUGCAGACUUCCUGGCCGCGCAUAACGUACACGGAGGCCAUCAAGAUUUUGGCCCCCAAAGCCGAUAUGUUCACACACAAGCCGACGUGGGGCGCGAGCUUGCAGGCCGAGCAUGAGAAGUACAUCGCUCAGCAUGUCGGAGGCAGUAGACCCGUCUUCGUCACUGAUUAUCCCCGGGAUAUUAAAGCAUUCUACAUGCGGCAGAGUGCUGCCAUUACUGAUCCCGGAAUCCGCACGGGAACUGGCGCGGACGGAGCCUCGGGUUCUACGGUUGAGUGCUUUGACUUGCUGGUCCCCGACCUCUGCGAGAUUGCUGGCGGAUCCAUGCGCGAGCACCGUCUAGGAAACCUCGUCGAUGCCAUGCAGCUUCAUGGCAUGGCGGCACCAGGGUUGGAUGGUGCUUAUAGUGAUCCGGAACGGAUGGCCGAAACGAGUACUAGCAGGGACAGCCUGGACUGGUACGUAGACCUACGUCGUUGGGGCUGCCCUCCACACGGGGGCUUUGGAUUGGGCUUUGACCGACUUCUUUGCUACCUAUCCGGAGUGCAGACGAUCCGUGACGUCGUUGCCUUCCCUCGUUGGCAUGGUCGCUGUGACUGUUGAGCAAAGGAUCUCAUGUCGGAGGAGUGCUCCCCAUCGAGCUUCCAAUGGCGCCCGGCGGGAUGGUAUAGCCCUUCACAUGACGCGUUCGUUAAGCUAUGCCUAGCCUGGAUGUGGAGAUGGGGGGGGGAGGUGAGAUUGUCCCAUCCAGAACGGGACAGGAGAGGAGACUCGCAUUUAGAGCUCGAAGUGUCUUGGGAUUCCUGCCUCUGCGCGACUGGUCAAAACCCUUACGGCCAUACGUUACCGCAAGUUACGCACAGCUGGAGUUGUGGGGGAGAAAGGAAGGCUUCCUACAGGUCUCCCUCCCCGGACGGUUCGGUGCAUUCGGCAAACUCGCAAUAUCCAUUUGGCC